CUGGAGAAUGAUGCUGAGGGUGUGUGGAGCCCGGACAUUGAGCAGAGCUUCCAGGAGGCUCUGGCCAUCUAUCCUCCAUGUGGACGCAGAAAAAUCAUCCUGUCUGAUGAGGGCAAGAUGUACGGAAGAAAUGAGCUGAUUGCACGUUACAUCAAACUUCGCACAGGGAAGACGCGGACAAGGAAGCAGGUGUCCAGUCAUAUCCAGGUUCUCGCUCGACGGAAAGCCAGGGAGAUCCAGGUGAAGCUGAAGGUACGCUACGACCAGGCUGCCAAAGACAAGGCCCUGCAGAGUAUGGCCACCAUGUCCUCAGCCCAGAUUAUUUCACCAACAGCCUUCCAGAACAAGAUGGCUCCCCAGGGCCUGUCCAGGCUGGCUUACCCCACUUCUGGGGGGUUUUGGCAUGGGGGGCUUCCAGGACAGCCGACAGGCCAUGAGGACAUUAAGCCCUUCUCCCAGCAGAGUUACACCAUGCAAGUAUCCGUCCCAGCUCCCAUAACAGGUUAUGAAAGCACUGUUGGCUUGCCCAUGUCUCCUGGGACCCCCUCUUGGCAAGGUAGAAGUAUUGCCAGUUCCAAGCUCCGAAUGCUGGAGUUUUCUGCCUUUCUGGAGCAACCUCAGGAUCCAGAGACUUUCAACAAGCACCUCUUUGUGCACAUUGGCCAGUCCAACCCCAGCUACAGCGACCCCUAUCUGGAGUCGGUGGACAUCAGGCAGAUCUACGACAAGUUCCCGGAGAAGAAAGGAGGCUUGAAGGAGUUGUUUGACAAAGGGCCACGCAACGCCUUCUUUCUCGUCAAAUUCUGGGCUGAUCUUAGUGUGAACCUGCAGGAUGACAGCAGCUUCUUCUAUGGUGUUUCCAGUCAAUAUGAGAGCCCUGAGAACAUGAUCAUCACCUCAUCUACCAAAGUCUGCUCAUUUGGCAAGCAGGUGGUCGAGAAAGUAGAGACAGAAUAUGCACGAUUUGAGAAUGGGCGUUACAUGUUUCGAAUCCAUCGAUCCCCGUUAUGUGAAUACAUGAUCAACUUCAUCCACAAGCUUAAGCACCUGCCGGAAAAGUACAUGAUGAACAGUGUGCUGGAGAACUUCACCAUUCUGCAGGUGGUGACUAACAGGGACACGCUGGAGACCCUCCUGUGCAUAGCCUACGUCUUUGAAGUGUCCACCAGCGAGCAUGGUGCACAACAUCACAUCUACAGACUAGUCAAAGACUGACCAUCACAGCUGGAACACAGCUGCUCCAGAUCCAGCGUAGCACCUCAGUGAGCACCAACAAUAAAAACACACACACACAAAAAAAUAAAAAACAGACUGCAUCAUCCAUACGCUUCAAGGUGAACCCAAACAGCUCAGUCUGGACCCAGGCAAACACCCUGGAACGUUACAACUGUGGAAGUGGAAACAGGCUUUGUGUGAAAUAAAAUGAGUACCGUGAAAUACUGUGGUCUCUAUGCCAAAGGAGCCAAAUGUAGCCAAGAAGACCUGCAUGAGAAAGUUGUCAUUGGUGGUGUUUGUUCUUCUCAUUUUACGAGUGCUUGUUUUGAUUUUGAUUCUUUUACACACAUGUAUGUGCAGCCAAUGUUUGCAGCAGACAUGUCUGGCUGCCUCAGGGUGCCACCUAGUGACUCAUAUGUGAAAGUCAUACAAAAACAAAAACAAUGGAAGAAAAUGUAUAUUGUUUGAAAUUCAUAUGUUUGCACAUCCAUGAUUUAUCUCUGUUUUUUUGGUGUUAUUUGAGCAUUGUAAUUCUGUACAGUGCCACUUCCAACUCCUUAAACUCAGCUAUCAAACGGGCUAAAAGGAUUUAAUAGAGUUAUUGUGUACACUGUUUGAUGUUUAAUGUGAAAUGUUUCUUGUAUUGUCUUACUGUUUGAAAGUCUGACUACAACAACAGACACAUAACACUGCUAACUUGAACUAGAUUUGCAUCUGUAACAUAAUUACAGAGUUGUUGGAAAUCUAAGUUGUAGUAUUUCUUACAAACGUCUGCAUUGUUGCUGGGUUUUGCUUAUGACUCCAAAAUGUGACACAUCAUU